CAAAAAAUAACCUUCCUUUUUCUCCUCUUUUGUAAUCCAGCCACCAUCGACUGGCAGACCGUGGCGGCAGUGCUUCUCUCCCUUUCUCUUCCCUCUAUUUUCCAUCUUUUUGAAGAACGAUGAGGAAGCUAAAGUUUCACGAGAAGAAGCUGUUGAAGAAAGUAAACUUUUUGGAAUGGAAAAGAGAGGGUGGCCACCGAGAGAAUCUCGUUAUGCACCGUUAUCAUGUCACUGGUCGUGACGAUUACAAGAAAUAUUCGAGUUUGUGCCGGAUGGUGCAGAAGUUGGUUAAUAUAUUGAAACAAAUGGACCCCCGGGACCCUUUUCGGAUCGAGAUGACUGAUUUGCUGUUAGAGAAGCUAUACAAUAUGGGUGUAAUCCCUACCAGGAAAAGCUUGGCUCUAUGUGAUCGGUUAUCAGUAUCAUCUUUUUGUAGACGUAGGCUUUCAACUGUCUUGGUGCACCUAAAGUUUGCAGAGCACUUAAAAGAAGCAGUCACAUAUAUUGAGCAGGGGCAUAUUCGAGUGGGUCCAGAGACAGUGACAGACCCAGCAUUCCUUGUAACAAGGAACAUGGAAGAUUUCAUAACAUGGGUAGACACAUCUAAGAUACGGAGGAAGGUGUUGGAAUACAAUGAGAAGUUGGAUGAUUAUGAUGCAAUGAACUGAAACAUACGCUUGAGUUUUAACCUACAAGACUUCUUUCAUUGGCAUUCUUUACAAAGAUGUAGAUUGACCAAGAUGCAGGGCAGAGUGAUGGAAUACUUUAUGAAGCUGGAUCCAUGGUGCUGUGAACUGUGAGACACUUGAAUGCUAAUAUAAUACAGGGGUCUCGAUUUCUUUUUGUUUUCUAUAUUCUCGGUUUUGUCUCUGAAGGUGAUUGAGGGUUUUGUUGUGUUAUUCAUAUGUUAAUUAUUAGCUGGGGAAAAGAGCUUGCUUUGUUAUUUCAAGGACUGUUUUCUUUCUGUAUAUCUGAAAUUUUCUCCCAACUGUGGGCUUUUCGUAUGAGACACUGGGGAGCCUUGUCUGUGACAACAGGUGGGGGGGAUUAUUAUUGUGCAAUCCUUUCGGGAGAGCCUGCGUCGACAAGAGGAAAGAGAAAGGGAGAGGUAGAGGUAGAGGGUACGUGGCCAGUUAGGAGUGCAACUGAAUGGCUGAGCUUGUAGGAAGUAGAGAGAGAUUUUUCUUUUUUUUUUUUUUUUGUAGAUUCGGCUUGAGAUAUUCAAAUCAAAGAAAUGGUGGGCUCCUCCAUGAUGAAGGUAUUUGUGGGCUCCUCCAUGAGGAAGGUAAUCAAGAAAGGAUAGUAUUUCUGCCGUGGAGAAGAAUAGUUUUUCACCAAGUUUUCUGUUACGCUGGCAGAUGCGUU